AUGUCGCCCGCAGCCUCAUCCACGGGCUCCGCAGAGCGACCGACGGAGUCGGAGCAAACGGUCUACUGUACCGCUGCCACCGUGGAAACCGGGCAGGAGCCGGCGGAGCAAACGGUGGACGAGGAGCAGGAGACCUGCAGGAGACAGGCUAAUGCUGAAGGCUUGCAGCUGGGAUACAGUGUGGUUCCUAGCGAGAAGUGGUUCCUGGUUCUACACGCUUUCCUGAAGAGGAAACAGUCUAGCAAGAAGGUCAUGGUGCUGUUUUCAUCACGUAGUUCAGUCAAGUUCCAUGUGCAACUUCUGAAUUUUCUUCAGAUAGAGUGUGCUGAUAUCCACGAGAAACAAGAGCAGCACGACCGAACCGCAACGUUCUCUGCCUUCUGCGCGGCAGAGAAGAGUAUCUUAUUAUGCACUAAUGUGGCAGCACGUGGACUUGAUCUUCCUCAUGUGGAUUAUAUUGUGCAAUACGAUCCUCCGGCAGAUGAACCAGAGGAUUACAUUCAUCAUGUUGGGCGUACUGCACCUGGUGAUAAAGGAAAACCAACUGUAUUGUUAUUCUUACUGCCCCAAGAAUUAGAGUUUCUUAUCUCCCUGAGGGCAGCCAACAUUCAUCUCACCGAACACCAGUUUAACAACAAGAAUGUGCCAAAUCUGCAAGCACAUUUUGAGAAAAUCGUUGGCGAGAACUACUUCCUACACCAGUCAGCUCAACAAGCCUACAGAUCCUACAUUCUAGCAUACAACUCACACGCCAUGAAAGACAUCUUUAAUGUUCAUAGUCUCAGUUUGAAGGACGUAGCUGCAUCAUUCUGCUUUAGGAACCCUCCAAAAGUGGAUAUUGGCCUGGAGGGCAGAGCUAUGAAGAAAGUAGGUUAUAACAGAGGCCCUGAUUCGAGAGAGAGGCGAACGAGGCGUCGCAUCAAUGCUGCAAAUCCUUAAUUACAACCGGCAGUUUGCAAGAUUCCAGAGAGAGGGUCAGAUUUUCUCGGUGGUUUAAGAUAUCGGAGGUGAUAAAACCAGAGCUUUGAAGUCACUUGGCUCUGUACAAUUUUGCUAGACGACUUGAUAUUAUGGCAUCAGAGUUGUAGUGCUUACUUUUUUUUUUUGCGACUCGUUGUAGUGCUUACUACUCCCUCCGUUCCUAAAUACUUGUCUUUCUAGGCAUUUCAAAUGACUAUCACAUACGGAUGUAUGUAGACAUAUUUUAGAGUGUAGAUUCACUCAUUUUACUCCGUA